UAUUAGCGAACAGGUGUAGUUAACAAUUGCCAACAUACUGUGAACGUGUAACCAACACCCAGGAUGAUUAUUUAUCCGUUUAUACUUACACGAAUUAAAACUAAUAAGCAACUAUAAAUUCAAUUAGUUCUGGGUUUGAGUUGUACUUAAAUUCCGAUGUAUGAUGAGGAAUUAAUUAUCAGCCUCGAAACAAAAGAUCAAUAAACUUCAACAAUUCCUAACAAUAUCAAAAUAUUUUGACAUUGAAUGAAUGUAUUUGUUUGAAUCGUCCAACAGUACAACGAAUUGGUUUUGGUGGGAAUGAAUAGACCAAAAAUUUCUCAACAACCCAAAAGAGACACUCUGAAACCGCCAGUAGCAUGUCCGUGGGUAGCUAACCAGCCUUAUCCAUCUCCACUUACUAAUAAAAACAGAAACAGUAGCCAAAGACGUAAUUCAAAUAUGCAAACAAAUAACUGCCUCAAUAAUCACUGGGAGGGCUCAUCCCCCCAGAACGGCUGCACUCAGCAAAACGAGAAUUCAUCCUUCUGUUCGAUGCAACAAUCAUCGAAUCAGUUCUUCCUGUUUCUUCGGCUGAUGCAGCUUUUUCCGCAUACCCAUCCUGCCACCCUCCACAGUGUCAUGUACAUUUGCAAAAACGAUUUCUUUUGUGCCAUCGAUAAACUCCUGUACGCGAAAAGAUGCAAGAUUUUAUAUAAUAAUCGACGAAACCAGAUUCAGCAGAGAGUGAAUGAAAAAUUCACGGUUAUCAAUCAUAUCCAGAGUCCAGAAGUUAACCAUAUCAAAAGAUCGUUCACGAAAAGUCGAACAGAUGAAGAAAAUGAAUGUGAUAGAGAGGCCAAAGUGAUGAAAAUGAACGUGGAAGAGGUUCGAGUAGAAGAAUUAGGCGAGAAUGUAAACGAGGUUGCCAGAUCUGAUGGAGUGAAGAUUUGUGAGAAACUUCCAGAUCCGGAAGCACAAGUGGAACCUAUCGGAGCAAUUAAGUUUAUAACAAUAAAAACCAACAACAUACAAGAUAAACUGAAUGUUGCGGAAUUGGAUAAAAUGGAUUUGAAGUUCUGUCAGGAAAUUUCGUAAUGUGAAAAAAAUUGCAUCUGAAAUGUUUCAUUCGAUAAUUUUAAUGGUGUGUAUAUUCAAAGAAAAUAAAAUAUAGAUUCGUUUA